AUGCGCUUCAAUGCUCACUUCGAAGCCAUCCAACGCGAAGUUCAGCGAUUCUGGGAACACGCUGAUCUAGAGGAGCACUUGAAAGGUGUUGGCGCGCACACAACUCGCUUCGAUCGCCUCAUUGCCGGCAACGGGACAUGGGUAGAUGUGAGACUCUGGCGUGGCCGCGCUUUCAACAAGAAGCUGUGCGAACGGCACUUCAGGGUGGUCUGCAGUUUGGUUGAGGCAUCGCCGGAAAUCUGGACCAACCCGUGGAGCCAUGUUCUCUUGAGCGUGUUGGAGCCAGACAGCUGGGUGCCAUUUCACCAGGGCCACAGCAACGGCCAGCUGACGUAUCAUGUACCAGUGAUGCUGCCGUCAGAUGAAGCAGCGGAGCUGGCUGUUAUUCCUCGCGGUGGCUCUCUGCCAGAGAGUGAGCAUGACAGGAUACAAUCCCAUCCGGAGGAGCAGGUUGUCUCUUGGAAGCUGGGCAAGACUCUUGUCUUUGACGACUCUUUCGCACAUGCUGUGCGCUACCGAGCGACUUCGACAAGUCCCGUGCCAGAUGAUCGAAAGCUGCCACGGCUGCUGCUGUUGACCCGUGCAUGGCAUCCGGAGUUGGAUGCAGAUGAGAGGGCUGCCUUGCGAGAGUUCAUCCGGAAAGGCGGAGAAGAACUGCCAGAAGGGUAUGAGAUGUUGCCUUUGCCGGUGACUUUGUGA